AUGCAAGCACUUAUUCUCCAAAACAGAUCCAAUGUCUUUUUUGAUAGUCUCCCAGUAAAAACUGAUAGUGACCUUUCGCUGUUUCAUCCCGGAAUUGCUCUUAAAUCCUCAAAUGAGAGUGAGGAUUUAAAGUAUGUGUCCGUAGAAAGGAACCGAACACAAUUGGUUUCGACCACAACUGUUAGUCCAAUAAACGCAGCUGUUACUGAGAGAAUCGAUCAGAUCAUUAGUAAUCUAACGACCACAACACCGAAGAGGAGUCAACCGCUUAUAGAAUUUACCAAAAGUAAAAGUCGGGUAAAUAUCAAGCCAUCGCGUUCGGGAUGGUUGGCCAUCCGCGUUGACCAUUCAUUAAGGUAUUUUGGGAGAGCAAGGAAGAGAAAGGGUGGGCCUAAAAUGGACUUAACUCCUACCACUACAAGUAGCGAAGAUAUCAGAUUAGUGGCUAGAGAACAGAGAGUUGUUAAAAAUCUCAAUGCAAAAAAUAGAACACAGAGUGAAAGUUCUAAUGUGGCUUUAUUAAAAGCAGUGGUUCAUAAUAGCAACGAUUCCCAAAGAGCAGCAGUUGUCACACAAGGAAAGAGUGACGUAAGAUCAAUAAUUGCAGACGUCACGGAUAUUCCUCAGCUUAUAUGGUAUAAACCAACUACUGAACCUAGUAGUCAGAGACUGCGACUGGGAACCAAGCUCGAUUGCAUCUCAUCGAAUUCUCGGUCUAUAAAUCCUGCUAAUACACUAGGAAAGAGUGACGUAAAAGCAAUAAUUGCAGACGUCACGGAUAUUCCUCAGCUUAUAUGGUAUAAACCAACUACUGAACCUAGUAGUCAGAGACUGCGACUAGGAACCAAGCUCGAUUCCAUCUCAUCGAAUUCUCGGUCUGUGAAUCCUGCUAAUACACUAGGAAAGAGUGACGUAAAAGCAAUAAUUGCAGACGUCACGGAUAUUCCUCAGCUUAUAUGGUAUAAACCAACUACUGAACUUAGUAGUCAGAGACUGCGACUGGGAACCAAGCUGGAUUCCAUCUCAUCGAAUUCUCGGUCUAUAAAUCCUGCUAAUACACUAGGAAAGAGUGACGUAAAAGCAAUAAUUGCAGACGUCACGGAUAUUCCUCAGCUUAUAUGGUAUAAACCAACUACUGAACUUAGUAGUCAGAGACUGCGACUGGGAACCAAGCUGGAUUCCAUCUCAUCGAAUUCUCGGUCUAUAAAUCCUGCUAAUAACCACGCUAAAUCUAUGCACGUAUUUGAAGAAGAUACUCAACUUGAAAAGGCUGAUGCACGGAAAGAAACUUCUUCAAUAGAUAAUAACAGAAAGGAAGAAAAAGAAGGAACUUUCAACGACUUUUGGCUGAAGACAACUUCCUCAUAUGGAAUUAACGAUACAAAUAUAAUAGAAAGUAGUGGGGAGGUCUUUACAAAUAUACGACGUCCUUUCGUCGCAAUAUUUCGCCAAAAGGUUUCUUUGACUGAAAAUAAUAUUAAGUCAAGUUCUGCUCAAGAAGCAUUAUCGAAUAUAACUAACACGUUAAUAGAUUUCCGUAUCGAUGUAAAGAAUCAAUCAAUGACGGAUGGUUCUGCAGAUUUUGACUUGAAUCACACAUUGAUUAAUUUGAGCAAUGAUCAGUUAUCUUAUAACAGCCUAGAUUACACAGACUACCCCGAAACAACCAAUUUACUUGAAGCUGAGGUUAGCCCAACAGUUUCGUCGAUUUUACCGACACCGGUUACUAGGCCGCCAGAAAUGAUGACUACGAUUGAUAGUUAUAAACACGCUAAUGAUUCUGUAGCGUCAAACAAAUCAACGAAAAUAUUGUUUAAGUUAAUUACUAAUGCUAGUUCCGAUAGCCCCACAAGGAGACUCAAGAACAGUAUGAAUGUUACAGAUUCAAUGUUAUCUCCUACUCUUUCGAUUACAACCUCUGACAGACCCUCAAAAACUGCAAUCUUUUCUACUUUCUCAAAUGUUGAAAGAAAAUAUACGGAUACCGUUUUACCAUUUACGGAACCUACUGGGGAUAGAAGGAAUAAUCAUAGACAGACUAACAUAAUUGAUAAUGUAGAAAUCAGUGGUGAUAUUAUAUCGACUGCUGAUGACCCUUCAAAUGAAGCUUACAAUUUAACAUCUAAUGACUAUAACAGCAAUGACAACAGACAAUCAGAAACUGAGACAUUGAGUAAACAACAAACAUUUGCUGUUAGUUUAACAGACGAAUCACAAAAUCCCCCAAACACAGCUACUAGUAAGAGUUUCAUUAGCUCUAUCUCAAAACAAACAGCGAAUUUCAAAAACUUAAUAUUAAACAUUAAUAGUGACGAUUCUAUGACUAGUGUAAGCGGUAAGCUUAAAGCAAAUUCCAGAAAUAUGUUGUCAGGUCACGAAACAACAACUGCAGCGUCUGUUAGUAGAACUACUACUCUUUUACGUUUAUUCCUCUUAGAAGGAAAAACUUUUACUAACAGUUCCCUGAAAACGCAGGCGUUAACUGAGGAAGUGUUGAAUCGUUCUUCCGGCGUUCCCAGCAAGAUGGAGGCUUUAACAUCGCCGAAAAAACUUGCCAGUAACAGGACGAAAGAUUCAUUCGGGGUGACGGUCAUUAUAAAUAUUAAAUCAGCUGGUUCGGGAUGGGUAAAGAUCCCCAUCAAUAAAACUUCCCCAUCAAAAGGUGUAGAAAUUGAUGUCCAUCGAACCUCGACGACCAGCACCGCUUCAAAACCAUUCACUAACACCAGUACAGCUAAUACUUUGUUAGAGCCUUCGCUAGAUCCUGAGGCGACUCUCAUUUCUUCUGAUAUAGCACAUUGGGAAUCCAUAACACCCGCUCUUAAUAUUAACCCAGUCACUGCAGAAAACCCAGAUACUAUCAAGCAUAUGUUAAUACCAACGCCUGCUUCUCAAACCGCUUUAACUAAUGCCUCUGUCGCUGCUACUAAAGGGUUACAUUUGGUUAACAGUUAUUUUCAGGCUUCUGAUGCACCUGCAUUUAAUACACCCACAUCUGUUACAGGCACUAAACGGAAUGGUAUUUCCACAGAAGAAACUUCGACUAUGAAGAGAGAUUUUACUAGUACUGUGGGCACUGAAUCGACUUCGAAACUGCAAACAGACUGGCCAGUGAGUACUACAGAAUUAGGUGAAAAGGAAACUGUGAACAGAAUUAUUUAUGGUCUCUCUACAAAGCAGGCGACAAAAACAUUGGCAAAAGGAACAACAACAAAAGCUACAACUUUACUAUCCACAAGUGCAACAUUCUUCACUCCAUCAAUAACAACAAUACCCACAUCAGUAACAAUGUCGUCACUACCUUUAACAACAACAUUUCCAACGACCACAACAUUACCUUCAACAACACUUCCAUCAACCACAACAUCAGAAACAACGCUGGCUUCAACAACAACCCUUCCAUCAACUACAUCACAAACAUUGCCUUCGACAACACUUCCGCCAACCACACCACAAACAACAUUGCCUUCGACAACACUUCCGCUAACCACAACAACACAAACAACAUUGCCUUCGACAACACUUCCGCCAACCACAACAUCACAAACAACAUUGCCUUCGACAACACUUCCAUCAACCACAACAGCACAAACAACACUGCCUUCAACAACACUCCCAUCAACCACAACAACACAAACAACAUUGCCUUCAACAACACUUCCACCAACCAUAUCUGCAAAAACAUUGCCUUUAACAACAUCAUCAUCACCUACAUCGACGACAACCACACCCCUAACAACAAACGCACCUCCUUUGACUACAACAUCAACAUUACAACCACCAUCAUCAUCAUCAUCAUCAUCAUCAUCGAGUACGUUUUCAUUUACUGCGACGCUGCCUCUUACAACAAAAAUAACAACACUGCCAAUGUCUACAACCACCCAACUAACAAACCCCUUACUAACAACCACUAUACCACCGCCACCAACAACCUCAACACUUCCACCCACGACCAUCACAGCAACAACUUCCACGACCACCGUUCCAAAGACAACUUUCCCCAAAACUAGCACUAUUCUCACAACACGGCCAUUAACGACGCAAAUAUCAACAUUUUCUCCGACAAGUUCUUCCACUACAGCGGCAUCACCCACACAAAAAACAAUAGCAAAAUCAAUCACUACCAUAACACCAUCACAGACACCAAUGCCUAUCACUUCCACUGCUAUCAAAAGACUUCCAGGCAACACACCACUUACUUCCAGUAGCACCAUUAUCACUGCACAAUCUACAAGCGGCACUGUCACAUUUGCACCUGUUGCCUUUUCUAGCCCUGUCGAUCCCACACAUACUACACCAGCACUUACUACGACUACAACCAACCCGACAACGACAGAAAUCACAGGUAAGUCGUAA